AUGCUCAAGUACGCACGAAAGCUAAAUAAAAAGCUGAUUUACAAGCUGCAUGUGCAAAAUGACAAAGUGGUAGAGAUGCCCAUGUUUCUGGUGGAUAAUCUGUAUUUGAGGAGCACAAGGGAGUUGCUUAUUCUGUUAAACAAUGCCAUAACGUUCAAAAGGAAGGAGUUCUUGGAGAACUACAAGAGGGUGUUACUAAAGGAUAGGGAGAGCAAUGCCAACUGUUUUGAUCGCCCCCAGGGGGGGGGAGAGAAAAAUGGAUCUACUGCUGCUGGGUUUGUUGCGCGGGAGUGCACACCACCCCCUUGUAGUGGCUCCCUUUUGGGGGGAGAAGCGAGUGGUGGACCGAAUGGUGUAGCGAAUGACGGGGCGAAUGACGGGGCGAAUGACGGGGCGAAUGACGGAGCGAAUGGCGGGGCGAAUGACGGAGCGAAUGGCGGAGCUCACCGAAAUGCCCCCCAGGGACCCCCUCUGGAGAGUCACCACUUAGCGAUGCAAGCGGGUCCGAUUUUUAAAAAUGGACACAUGUCGCCAGAUGGCCGUGGGGGCCGCUACAAAUACGACAACGAGGAGUACGACGAGUUAAUUAUGCGCUUGUCGGAAGAGUGUGGGGACGCGCCCGGCUGGCACGCAUUAGAAGGGGAAGAAGCGCACGAAGUGGAAGAAGCGGAUGGGGCAGACGAAGCGCACGAAGCGUACCAAGCGGAUGGGGAGGACCCCCGCGCGCAGGGAUACUCACUAAUUGGCUACCUGCCAAAUGAGUUCUUUUUCCAGUCCCUCAAGCAGAGAGUAGCGUCACUGAAAGAGUUCCUCUCCUUUGGUGACCUCUUCUCGUUUAUCCUCCUAUUCAGUCGAACGAAGGACGUAGACAUGAUGAAAAUCCUGGGGGAGCAGUACGUGCAGAAGCAAGAGAAGGAAAAGGACAAGCGGGUUAACAACAAACAUGUGGUGCAUUUGUUAAAUAUAUUCCUCAAAUUGAAUUACAAAAGGAGAAACGCUCAUCAUAUUGUUGACAGUUUGGUGCAAGCCAUGAAUGUGAACGUUUCGACUGAUGAUUUGAAAUUGGCAGCUUUAGGUUUUACAUGCCUCUCCAGAUUGAGCCUUUACAACAUGGCCUUUUAUCGUUACGUGGAUACCUUCUUGAGGCACUUGGAUACAUGCUCCCAUUUGUGCUGUUCGAUGGUGCUUCACUGCUUGGGGUAUUAUAAGCACUAUUGGGUAGCGAAGAGGAGGGAGCUGUUGGAGCAGGCUAGGUUUGUUAAGAAGUCAGCGGGUGGUCCCCUCGGGGGGAAGCACUCCCCAGGGUGCGAUGCCUCCGGUCGAGCUGAGCGGAUAAGCGAAACACGCUGUGCAAACGUUAACCGAUUAUCUUUGCGGUUGAGCGGCGAAAAAGCGCACCUGAUUGAAGAGCUGGAGAAGGGGAUGAUCGACCGGUUGGUGAAUAUGCAGUUGGGGUCCAUUUCGGAGAAGUCGAUCAGCAGCAUAUUUCAUUUUUUCUUUCUGUCCAAAAGGGGGGUCUUGACUGGGAGGGCUGCUGAAGGGGGAAACGCUGCUGAACGUGGCAACGAGCGAGACCACCUCCUAAUGGGGAAGCUGGUCCACAUUUUGAUUACGAAGAAGGUAACCUUCGACCAGUCGCGACAACUGCUCAUGUGCUGCUACCCCCUGAUCAUCCACAGGUAUUUCUCCCACAUACAAAUCUCGUCCUACUUCGUGGUGCAGUGCGCUAAGCUGAUUAAGCGGCUCAAGGAGAGGAAGCACCUGGACAAUUUGCUCUUUGUGUUGACGGGCUUUACACAGAACCAGAUGAUAUUUUACCAAAACAGGAGUAACAAUAAAAGGGCUCCUAGAAUAUAUUUGGACAAGAAAAAAAACAAACUACACAAUUUUAAAAUUGAAAAUAAGUACAUCGAUAUGUUGGAAAAGUGUGAGUAUGAAGUGAACGUGCUCGAGAAGGGACCCGCGGAAGAGCCCGUCAGUUGCAGGUCCGCCAUUCUCUACAUCUUCAGCGAGCUAACCAGCAUAGACCACGAAUUGAACAGAGACCAGAUUGUUCUUUACUUGCAACUUUUCUCCAGCUUUGACAUCAAAUUAAGCACCAACAUUAAGCAGAAUCUGUUUCGUAUGGUGAUGGGCUCCACACAUCAGUUAAGCAGCCUUGCCCAUGUGGUGCUCCAGCUAGCCAUUCAGAUUUAUGGCAUUUCCAGCACCUACAUGAAGGCAAUCGCUUUGCAGUUUUUUGAAAAAAUGGACCACGAGUUGGGCAAAUUACACACAUUAGGAAUGAACGAUGAGGAGCUUCCUCCUAGCUGCAUAAUUGGUGGCCGCGAUAACCAUGGGGCGAGGGAGAAGCUCUCCUACCUGUGUGAUUUAGAAAAACUGGCUGACGUCCUUUUCGUGUUCGACCAGAUGGAUAUUCACAACAAGGACUUCAUCUCGAACGUUUCAAAUUUGCUGUGUGCGAACAAUUUCUUCCUCCUAACUCAUCGAAGGAGUAACUUCAGCUCCUUCGUCCACCUGCUGCACUAUGUAGGCAGUUUGCCAGUGGACGUAGAUGCGGUUAAAAAAUUGACCAACUUUGUUUUCGCGUGCGUGGCGGAUUAUGUUAAUUUAUCAUUCCGGGAAUAUGCACAGCGCUCACGGGGGGGAUUCAAAAUGGAAGAACAUAGGGUGACGGGGUCUUCUGAAGAGGCCAAUACCCCCCUCGUUGAUGAUCGCCAUGCAAGCGGUUCCCUCCAAACGGGGGAGGAUCCCUUUUUUUGCCAAGUGGACCAUGCGUUUAUAAGAGGCAGAAUUUACGUCAAAGAUUUGGUCCUCUUGCUGGACGCGAUUCGCAUUUGGAAGGCCUACGAUUUUGCUUCGCUGCUCAGAAGCGUGACCAGCAUGAUAAACUCGGACGGGGUUCGGGCCCUCUCCGAUGAGGACGUCGAGCUGGUGAACUACAUUUUCAUCGACAUGGGUCUGAUGAACGAGUGCGUGCUGGACGAGGCGAGGUAA